AGACACCAUCCGUAAGCGAAUUCAUUGAACAACAGGAGAAUAAUAAUACAAGAAAUAAAACACUGCAGGACAUUGGACUUCUUCAACGAUUUCUAUCGUCGAAAAAUGAAUUGCGAAGGAUCGAGGACAUUUCCGUAGAGCAACUUAAUGAAUACCUGAGCGAAUUUAUUAUUUCUGUUCGAAAGAAGGAAGACAAGGGAGAAUAUGAACCAAGUUCCCUUCGUUCUAUGUUCGCCAGCUUCGAGAGGUAUUUGAAGAAAAAGAAUGGGUUUAGUAUCAUGAUGGAUAAGAGUUUUGAACGUGCCCGAAAAGCUUUGCAAUCAAAACAAAAAGAGCUCAAGCAAAAAGGAAAAGGGAACAAACCGAACGCUUCCGUUGCUCUUAGCGAAGAUGAAGUCAAACUGCUUUACGAGAAAGAACUUUUGGGAAUUUCGAGUCGCGAAGCGUUGCUAAACACGGUUUGGUUUAACAAUACUAUUCACUUCGGCCUUCGUGGUUGCAAAGAACACCGAGAUAUGUGCUGGGGCGACGUAAAACCAUGCAAGAACGCGAAUGGAGAGGAAUAUAUAGAGUAUUUUGAGCGACAAACGAAAACACGUACAGGAGACAACCCAAGAGAUGUUAGAAAAGUAACGCCAAAAAUGUAUGCUAUCCCCACAAAUCCGCCGGAAAAAGAUCCUGUCUUUGUUUACAAGUUCUACGCAGAAAAACGUCCGAAUGAAAUGAAUACAGACGAAGUCUUGGUUUAA